CCGCGGAUAUAAAAGAGCCGGCGUCCUGGAGCUGCCGCAGUGCUACCCGCCCCGGCCCCUCGCUCCCGCUCUGCCGGCGGCCGCACCUGCUCCGGCCAUGAUGAGCUUCGGCGGCGCCGAUGCGCUGCUGGGCGCCCCGUUCGCUCCGCUGCACGGAGGCGGCAGCCUGCACUACGCGUUGGGCCGCAAGGCGGGCACUGGCGGUCCGCGCUCCGCGGCCGGCUCCUCCAGCGGCUUCCACUCGUGGACGCGGACGUCUGUGAGCUCCGUGUCCGCCUCGCCCAGCCGCUUCCGCGGAGCCGGCGCCGCCUCGAGCACCGACUCCCUAGACACACUAAGCAACGGGCCGGAGGGCUGCGUGGUGGCGGCGACGGCGGCGCGCAGCGAAAAGGAACAGCUGCAGGCUCUGAACGACCGCUUCGCGGGCUACAUCGACAAGGUGAGGCAGCUCGAGGCGCACAACCGCAGCCUGGAGGGCGAGGCGGCGGCGCUGCGACAGCAGCAAGCUGGCCGAGCCGCCAUGGGCGAGCUGUACGAGCGCGAGGUGCGCGAGAUGCGCGGCGCCGUGCUGCGCCUGGGGGCGGCGCGCGGGCAGCUGCGCCUGGAGCAGGAGCACCUGCUGGAGGACAUCGCGCACGUGCGACAGCGGCUGGACGAAGAGGCCCGGCAGCGCGAGGAGGCGGAGGCGGCGGCGCGCGCCCUAGCGCGCUUCGCGCAGGAGGCGGAGGCGGCGCGCGUGGAGCUGCAGAAGAAGGCGCAGGCGCUGCAGGAGGAGUGCGGCUACCUGCGGCGCCACCACCAGGAGGAGGUGGGCGAGCUGCUCGGGCAGAUCCAGGGCUGCGGUGCCGCGCAAGCGCAGGCGCACGCCGAGGCGCGCGACGCCCUCAAGUGCGACGUGACGUCGGCGCUGCGGGAGAUCCGUGCGCAGCUCGAAGGCCAUGCGGUGCAGAGCACGCUGCAGUCGGAGGAGUGGUUCCGAGUGAGGUUGGAUCGACUGUCAGAGGCAGCCAAGGUGAAUACAGAUGCCAUGCGCUCGGCACAGGAGGAGAUAACAGAGUAUCGGCGGCAGCUGCAAGCCAGGACCACAGAGUUGGAGGCGCUGAAAAGCACCAAGGAAUCACUGGAAAGGCAGCGCUCUGAGCUAGAGGACCGUCAUCAGGCAGACAUCGCAUCCUACCAGGAUGCUAUUCAGCAGCUGGAUAAUGAGCUGAGAAACACCAAGUGGGAGAUGGCGGCGCAGCUCCGAGAGUACCAGGACCUGCUCAAUGUCAAGAUGGCCCUGGAUAUCGAGAUUGCUGCCUACAGAAAGCUUCUGGAAGGCGAAGAGUGUCGGAUUGGCUUUGGUCCAAGUCCCUUCUCUCUUACCGAGGCACUCCCGAAAAUUCCCUCCACAUCCACUCACAUAAAGGUCAAAAGUGAAGAGAUGAUAAAAGUGGUAGAAAAGUCAGAGAAGGAAACAGUGAUUGUGGAGGAGCAGACAGAAGAGAUCCAGCUGACUGAAGAAGUGACAGAAGAAGAGGAAAAAGAGGCCAAAGAGGAGGAAGAAGGUGAAGAAGAGACAGAAGGAGGAGGAGAAGAAGUAACAUCUCCCCCUGCAGAAGAGGCCGCAUCUCCAGAAAAGGAAACCAAGCCUCCUGUGAAGGAAGAUGCCAAGUCACCAGCUGAGGCCAAGUCACCAACCGAGACCAAGUCACCAGCUGAGGUAAAAUCUCCAGCUGAGGCCAAGUCACCAACCGAGACCAAGUCACCAGCUGAGGUAAAAUCUCCAGCUGCAGCCAAGUCACCAACUGAGGCCAAGUCCCCAGCUGCAGCCAAGUCACCAACUGAGGCUAAGUCACCAGCUGAGGUAAAAUCUCCAGCUGAGGCCAAGUCACCAGCUGAGGCCAAGUCACCAGCUGAGGUAAAAUCUCCAGCUGAGGCCAAGUCACCAGCUGAGGUAAAAUCUCCAGCUGCAGCCAAGUCACCAUCUGAGGUAAAAUCUCCAGCUGAAGCCAAGUCACCAGCUGAGGUAAAAUCUCCGGCUGAGGCCAAGUCACCAGCUGAGGUAAAAUCUCCUGCUGAAGUUAAAUCUCCAGAGAAGGUCAAGACCCCUGUGAAGGAAGGUGCAACAUCCCCAGCUGAGGAGUCCAAGUCUCCUGUAAAGGAAGGAGUGAAGUCCCCAGCUGAAGUAAAAUCUCCAGAGAAGGCCAAGUCCCCAGUCAAGGAAGAAGCAACAUCUCCAGCUCAAGCCAAGUCCCCAGAGAAGGAAGAGGCAAAAUCACCAGCAGUGGUCAAGUCUCCUGAGAAGGCCAAGUCCCCUGUGAAGGAAGAGGUCAAGCCUCCAGUUGAGGUGAAAUCCCCUGAGAAGGCUAAGAGCCCAGUGAAGGAGGAAUUGAAGUCUCCUGAGAAGGCCAAGACUCUUGAUGUGAAAUCUCCAGAAGCCAAGACUCCGGGGAAGGAGGAAGUAAAGUACCCUGCAGACACCAAAUCUCCCCAGCAGGCCAAAAGUCCUGCCAAGGAGGAGGUCAAGUCCCCAGAGAAAGUCAAGUCCCCUGAGAAGGAAGAUGCCAAGGCUCCUGAGAAGGAAGCUCCCAAGAAGGAAGAGGUGAAGUCUCCUGUGAAGGAGGAGGUGAAAGCCAAAGAACCCUCAAAGAAAGUGGAGGAAGAGAAGACCCCUGCUACACCAAAAACGGAGGAGAAGGCGGUCAAGAAAGAUGAACCACCCAAGAAGGAGCCACCAAAGCCCAAGGUGGAGGAGAAGGCUGCUACAGUGGAAGCCAAGAAGGAAGAGUCUGGAGAGAAGAAAAAAGCAGCGACCCCAGAAAAGGAGACUCCUGCCAAGACAGAGGUGAAGGAAGAGAAGACAGAGAUGCCCAAGGCAGAAGCAGAUGACACCAAGGCCAAAGAACUCAGCAAACCCGCAGAGAAGGAAAAGCCACAGAAAGAAGAGAUGCCGGCAGCACCAGAGAAGAAAGACAGCAAGGAAGAGAAGGCCACGGAGUCCAAGAAGCCCGAGGAGAAGCCCAAGACAGAGGCCAAGGCCAAGGAGGAAGACAAGAGCCUUUCCAAAGAGCCUGGCAAACCCAAGACGGAAAAGGCAGAAAAAUCCUCUAGCACAGACCAAAAAGAUAGCCAGCCCCCAGAGAAGGCCACAGAGGACAAGGCUACCAAGGGGGAGAAGUAGGCUGACACAGGAACACCAGAACAGCCAAAGAAACUCAGGAGGGUCCCGGUACUUAAGGGUCAGUGCAAUAAGUUUUAUUUCUUCCUUUCCUCUCUGUAAGAAGCAGCAGUGUUUAGAUGAUGGGCUUGCCCUCACCAAACAGGAAUUUCUAGUAGGAUUAAGUUAGCAAGAGAAGAUACCCUGAACCCCGACCCCCCACAUCCCAAGCCCACCUCAGGUGAUGGACAAUUAUGAUAGCUUAUUGUAGCCGAACGUGAUGUAUGCUGAAUGCUACAUGAAAACCACUUGACUAAAAACUGCCCCCUCCUUUCCAAAUAAGUGCAUUUACUUCCUGUAUGUACAAUGACAGAUGGCCGCAAUAAUGAAUGAGCAGUUAGAAAUGCAUUAUGCUUGAAAUGUAACCUAUUCCCAAAUGCCUUCUUGUUUUCCAAAGGAGUGGUCAGGCCCUUCCCCAGCACUCUCCUAGAAGAGCUGCAGCAGGUGAAGCAGGGCACUGGCCACAGAACCAUGCCAGGGCGUACUUUCCACUGAGUCCACUUUCAAUUGCUUCUGUGCAAUAAAACCAAGUGCUU